GUGGUAGUAAUAACAAGACAACUUCAAACUUAACCACAACAUUGGCGGUUGAAAAAUGAAAAUUCAAAUUGAAAAUUGAUUCAGCAUUUAGUAUCCAAAAAAGAAAAUGGAAGAGAAUAAUUCAAUAUCAACAUCAACUUACACAGACUUAUCACAUUUAUCUUCGAACGUUGAAAAUGUCAUAAAGCAAAAAAGAACAAACGAAGAUGAAAUUCGAAAACUCGACACUGUUUUAGAUCUAUUGGCCGCUGUAAAUCGAAAUCAAGAUCCAGAAUCAAAAGUCACACAUGAAAAUUAUAACGAGUAUAAACAAAUUUACUAUUCCCAGUUAACAAAACAGGUGAAAGCGAAUGAAAUACAAACUCCAAAUGCGUUUAUGCAGAUAUUAAAAGCAUGCGAACAAGCUUUAAGGCAGAAAAAUGAAAUAUAUUCUUCUUUGAAUAAAAUUUUACAAGCUAAGCGGGACAAAAUGGAAAAUGAAUCAAACAGUCUUGAAAAGCGUAUCGAAAUUAUGGAACAAAUAAAAUUGAAAAUACUGGCACAACACAAGCAAAAAGUAGAUUUGAAUCGAACUAAAGUCGAAAAUGAAAUUGAUACAAAGAUUGCAGAAUGUAAACAAGAUCUGAAAGAUGUAAUGCAAAAAUUUUAUCCGGGCGAUGUCAACAUUACAAGUUUGUUACAACAAUUAUUUACGGCUCACAGAAAAGGAGGCAGUGCCGGGUAUAUUAAAAUUGACCAUGCAGAUAGUCCGUUAAUUUUUAUGCUAAAAAGGGAAAAAAUAAUUGAAAGCAAUCCGAUAAAUUCAAUGGAAAUCAAAUUUACUAUAUUUUCAUAAUCGAAACAGGAGUCGAUCAUAUCUAAUUUCACAUAUCGUCUGUUAAAACAUGCAAUUUUUUUCAUUUUUAUGAAAAACAAAAUGU